AUGUCCACUAUAGAAAAUGAUGGUGGUGGUGAUUCAACUCUAUGGGGUGCUACCAAUGAAAAUAUUUAUAUAGAUGUUAUGGUAGAUUUGAUAAAUAAAGGUGGUAUGAAAGAUGGUCAGUUCAGUUCAAAGGAAUGGAAUAAUAUGCUUGAAGCUAUAAAUAAUAAGUCUAAAAGAAACUACAACAUGAAGCAAAUUAAGCAGAAAUUCAAUAGGCUUCGAAGUAAGCAUCAUGAGUUUAGUGAGUUGUUGCAACAAACUGGAUUUGAUUGGGAUGCUGAAACUAAUACUAUGAAUGCUAUAGAGGAAAUGUGGCAAAACUAUAUACACGUGCAUCCUAAAGCAACUCAAUUUCGAAAGAAAGGAUGUGAGCAUUACAAGCUAUUAAGAAUUAUAUUUAACAAGUUAACUGCUACUGGAGUGUUUCAUCAUGCAUCUACUAGUGAUCCACCCAAUACUGAUGUUGAGAUGGAAUUGGAGGCUGAGAGUGCACAUGUUAGCACUAGUCGUGAUGAUCCUCUUUAUACUCUCGAUAAAUUAACAAGCAAUUUGAAAAAAUGCACUGCAUCAUCUAGCUCAAAACGUAGAAGUAAAAAGGAAACUAGGUCGCAACAAAUGAGUGAUGCAAUCUAA